CCUGCCACCGCCGCCUGGCUUCCCUGCGCCCCGGACCCCUUCCUAAGCCCGGCGGCGUUGGAUUCCCCGGCAGCAGCCCCCUCCCCGUACCGCCGUACCACGUGCCCACGUACGUGCCGGGCCCUAUCCACCUUUCCCGUACGCCGCGUGAACAGCAGCCGCCGGGCGCCGACUCCAACGGCCUCUUCCCCGUCCCGCUCCACACUCCUCCACUGGGCCUGAUUGGCUGAUGAGUCGGUCAAUCCGGGGACGUGUUCCACGCCAAAAUCCGCACUUCUCUAUCAAUGUCGCUGUCGCCAGGAAUUGCCCGCCCGAUAAUCUAUUGGGGAGCCUAUUGCUCGCAAGCUUGCUACCUGCUUUGGCUCGCGCGGCCGGCAGUGCCAGCAGCGCCCGGGCCAGCGCGCGCCAACGCGGCGAGCGCGUUGGCCCCGUUGGCCGGAACGGAUCGGACACGCCACGCGAGCUAGCUCCCUCGGGGAAAACGAUAACUAUGCUGUCGCCUCGGCUUUGGAAGCCUCCCCCUGCUCUGUCUCCGUCGCUCGCUCGCUUCACACGGGUUACGAGUUGCCAACGCCUGGCGGCCGGGGAGAUGCGCGUGCGGUAGCGGCUGGGAAAGAGGAAAGGCACGCAAGUCCGGCGAUCGUCGCCGGUUGAUCCGGUGCAAGAAAUAAAGGACAGCAAUGGCAUCUACGGAGCCAAAGACGGUCUUCCUCGCCUUCAUCGCCAUUCUUGUGGUGGUCAUAAUAAUCCUUCUUGGUAUUUGCUGGAAGUUCCUCAAACCAGAUCUCAUGAGGAGAUUGAUGCGGCCAAGGAGCCCUGCUUCAGAGGUGCCUGAGUACUUCAGCGGCAAUAUGAGUGGAAAUCUCCGGACCAUUACUUACUUUGACUAUGCUGCACUGAAGAAGGCCACGAGGGACUUCAACCAGAAAAACCAGCUUGGCAGAGGAGGUUUUGGGCCUGUUUACUUGGGGAAACUAGAUGACGGUAGGAAAGUUGCAGUGAAGCAACUCAGCGUCGGCAAGUCUGGUCAGGGUGAAUCAGAAUUCUUCGUCGAAGUGAACAUGAUCACAAGCAUCCAGCACAAGAACCUCGUUCGCCUGGUUGGGUGCUGCUGUGAGGGAUCCCAACGGUUGCUAGUCUACGAGUUCAUGAAGAACAAAAGCUUGGACAAGAUAUUAUUUGGGGAUGAUGGCUCACCGUUUCUGAACUGGAAAACUAGGCACCAGAUCAUCAUCGGCAUUGCACGAGGCUUGCAGUACCUUCACGAGGAGUCGAACCUGAGGAUUGUUCAUCGCGACAUCAAAGCGAGCAACAUCCUCCUGGAUGACAAGUUCCAGCCCAAGAUCAGUGAUUUUGGACUGGCCAGGUUCUUCCCCGAGGAUCAGACGUACCUCAGUACUGCAUUUGCUGGCACACUUGGCUACACUGCGCCUGAAUACGCCAUCAGAGGGGAGCUCACGGUGAAAGCUGACACCUACAGCUUCGGCGUGCUCGUUCUCGAGAUCAUCAGUAGCAGAAAGAACACGGAUCUCUCACUUCCAAACGAAAUGCAGUACCUUCCUGAACAUGCAUGGAGGCUCUACGAGCAAUCCAAGGUCCUGGAGCUCGUCGAUCCGAAGAUACAGACCGAUGGGUUCGACGAGAAGGAGGUCCAGCAGGUGUGCCAGAUCGCGCUGCUGUGCGUGCAAGCAUACCCAAACCUGCGGCCGGCGAUGUCGGAAGUUGUGCUGAUGCUGACAAUGAAGAGCGAUCAGUCCAUCCCCGCACCGAUGAAGCCGGCGUUCCUUGACAGGAAGAACCUCAAGGACAAGAACGCCACGUCGGACACGGCGAUGGAGAUGCGGUCGGCGUCCUACUGGCUCAACACGCCAUCGCCCAUGGUCGACAAGCCAUACGACAUGAGCUGUGGCAUAUAGUGACGCCGCAACUUUUCUGAUGCACGGAUGCCAUGCGAGCAAGAUUACGCGCAUUGUGGGUGUGCGAUGCCGGUAAGAACUGUUCCAUAUCCAGGGUUUCAGACUUUCAGGGAGCUCAUGUUUCAGCAACAAAAGUGCUGUGAAUCGGACACAUUAUUGUAGGACACUUUUUGUGCACGCUCUUAGUUUUGUACAAACUCGUGCAACACUAGUCUAAAAGAAUAACGAGCGCUGUAUAUUACGACAGUAUGAGAGCGAAAGAUUUGCAGUUUCGUUCAAA